CGUCAAUUGUUAGGACUGAGUUAUGUGACUUCUAAACUGUCACGUGGAUCAUAUGGAUACCUAGUUAUGCCACCAACGUCGACAUUUGCAAAGCUUCCUCGCGGCUAUGGUCCAAGCACCAACACGCUCGACAACAUUGAAUAUCUGAACGCCUAAAGUAUGCCUUCCCACCAAGAUACCCAUACAAAUGUCCCUUCUCGCCUCUCCCAUCGGCCGCCAGAGCUGCUCUAUUCAAUUAUUACCAUCCAUGGUCCCCCGAAACUCAUAGAGGCAAACCUCCCAAACCGUGCCUCAUCCCUUGGCAUUCUCGACAGGCUGCCAGCCGAACUACUAGACGAGGUGCUCGGGCGCCUCGAUUUCCAGUCAGCGAUUCGGUUUUCCCGUGUCUCUUUUCAAGGGAGGGAUAUGCUAUGUUCCCUUCCCGUAUUUCGAGACGUAAUAAAGCAUGCGCCACACGCGCUAGCAGCCCUUAGCCAGACGAAGCUGCUUCAUCUCCACCCGGCAUCUGAGCUCUACAAUGCGCUUCGAAGCGAGUGCUGUGUACUGUGCCCAGAGUAUGGCGCUUACCUAUUCCUCCCGGCCUGCCAAAGGUGUUGCUGGCACUGUCUGCGAUCGAAUCCGUUGCUUUGGGUCACCCUCCCUGAAAAAUGCCUGCAAGACUUUCACGCUAUCGCCCGAGACGGUCCAGCAAUUGCCAGCCAUGUUCAACAUUCCUGGCACUUACGGGGUCGUAGGUAACUCUACGCUGACAUCACGGCCACUUUUCUUUUUAGUAUAGACGCUGCCACAACGCUUGCGGUGUCAUUCUACGGGCGCGUGGGAAAAGUUCUGGGAGCUAUUCUACACGAGCAACGCAAGAACCUAAAUAUAACCUCGUGGAGCUUCCUACAAGCUAUAUUUGGGGAACGUAAAGGUUUAAAUUCCUUGAUGAUGCCAGAUGAAAGGCUACACGAGCAUCUUCGCCUUCGC